AUGUUGGAGCUGGAGGCUGGGCAUGACCAGGACCUGCAGAGUGAACAGGAUGAGCAAGACAGAGAUCACGUUCAACAAGAAGAUCCCCAGGCGUCCACAUCUUUGCAGUUUUCAAAGGAGAACAUCCCUGAAUGCUUAUUAAGUGAGGUGAUGUCCCUGGAGGACCAAAUUGAAAAGCUGAAGUCACACCAGGACCUUGACUCUGAUCAGGGGGCAAACAUCGAGGUAAAUGCUUGUAAUGAAGCUCAUGAAUUAAAGGAAAAACUCGUUGCAAGAAUAGAGAACUUUUGCAAGGACAUGACUCUGCUGAAUACAAAGUUGGGGAUGUACCAAAUGCAAGAAGGGAAAACAGACUCUCAGAGUCCUGAAGAAAUGAGAAUGGAAGAAAGGGAGCCCCUGCUUCCUCAGGCUUCACCACCCCCCUUACGGCAGAAUUCUCCUCCCUGCAUUACAAUGUGGAAAUGUGCACUGAGGAUUUUCAUCAUGUAUGUCCUCACCUUCACUGGACUUUCAUGUUACAUACUAUUUUUUGAUGCUACGUUUAUCUUUGAAAAGGUGCUCCCUAUAAUGCUUGGGUGCCACAGAAUGUGGGAACUGCGGGAGAUUAUUGCCCCUUUCUUGAAUUUGGAAGUGGAAGACUUGUUACCCUCCUAA